AUGAAGUACACCGGCUUCGCCGCUAUGGGCUUGAUGGGCUGCGCCCUCGCCCUGCCCCAGGGUCCUCCCGCUCCUUUCCCCGGUUCCCCCAGUGACGCUCCCACUCCCACUGGCCUUCCCCCAACCGGCUUCCCGACCUCCUCGGCGACCUCCUCGGCGACCUCCUCGGCGACCUCCUCGGCGACACCCUCGGGCCCCCCUCCCAGCGGCACCCCCACCCCCAUCGCCUUCCAGAAACGCGACGGCUUCCCCGACCUGCUAGGCGAGAUCUCCUCCAGCCUGCCCUUCACCCUCCCCGUCGAGAAGCGUCAGGAGCAGCCAACCGGCACCCCAAGCGGUACCCCCAGCAGCACCCUCAGCAGCACCCUCAGCAGCACCCUCAGCGGUACCCCUUCUCCAACCGGAAGCCCCUCCGCCCCGGCCGGCCAGGGCUUCGGCGGCUUCCCCUUCGGCAAGCGCCAGUUCCCUGAGCCCAGUAGCUUCUCGACUCCCUCGAGCUCGACCCCUACCCCCUCAGGCACCCCCUCAGGCACCCCCUCAGGCACCCCCUCAGGCACUCCCUCGGGCACUCCCUCGGGCACUCCCCCUCCCUUCCCCACCGACGCUCCCAGCGGCUUCGAGAAGCGCCAGUUCUUCCCUACCCCAUCGGGUCCCACCCCCAGCGGCUCUUCCUCAAGUGGCACCCCUACCGCUACCCCCACAGGCCCCCCUCCCUCGGGCUUCCCCCUCCCCCCUCAGUAA